GGCUGGGGAGAAGCAAACAAAUUUCUACCUUUUCAAACUACUUAGUUCAACAAUUCCUGUUAACUAAUCCAUGCUCUUGGAAGACAAUUACACUGAGCUCUGACAACAUUGCCAACCCAUUGCAGUGUGCCUUAUGCCAAACACCAUUGUUAUAUUAUUGACCAUGUUCACUAUUACAUAUGCAUAUGAAAAAACAGAAGCUUUUUCAUCAGGAUUACCCUAAUAGCAUUAAGAGAUUAUUUUUAAAAUUUCAUUGGAAGAAAAUUCACUUAAAUGAGAUUACUUAUUACUUGACUGGUUUCCUAUCAUGCUGUUAUGUUUAGGUAAGUGGAGUCCAUUAGAAUGUUAUUUUUUUUAAGAAACCUGAUUUUAUACAUUAAUGAUUUCAAAUAAAAGAGAAGUGCUAUAUUUGUGCGCUGGUUCUUUUGAGAAAGUUAAGUCUGAUGCUCUGGUUAGACGAGAUAACACUUUUUGUCCCUCUUGGUGCCCCCCCUGGUGUCACCAUUAGUUGCUAAUUACUUGCAAACAAAUAAACAAUUAACUCCUCGUGCCUCUUGGUGGGAGAAUCUUCAUUGACAUGCUAAAACUUUCUAAUAAAAGAUUUUAAUUAAUGACGUGGCGAAUCCAACCCCCUUGUCAACAAAGCUAUAAGGAGGAACUGGGAAAGAAAACCUGAACUAUGGUGCAUUUGGUAUCUAGGCUGACAGUACAAGAAUGGCAAGCAGAUCACUCUGUCCUCUUAAUGAAACUUCUCACAAUCAUCAGGACAAUUCCAAUCUUGGAGAAAGCAAAAAAGCAUCUUCAUUUUCCAUUGAAAGCAUUUUGGGGUUAGAGCGGAAAAAAGAUGGCACAACUGCUGCAAAGCCACACAGGCCAUGGAUGGAUAAAUGCAGUGAUUUAGGAGAGGAUUGCAACCCUUGUCUACGGUUUCCUGCCAUUUCCUAUGCAAUCCCAUUGUUUAAUGCGAUCAGCUACCCAGAGGCAGAAGAAAGGGUUCGGAAAUGUGAAAACUAUUUUGCAGUCAAUGAAAAGCUUUCUUACAAAAGGGAAUUGAGUUGGUACAGAGGUAGGAGGCCAAGAACUGCAUUCACUCGAAGCCAGAUUGAAGUAUUGGAAAAUGUUUUCAGAGUGAACUCUUAUCCUGGGAUUGAUGUUAGAGAAGAACUAGCUCAAAAAUUAGAUUUAGAUGAAGACAGGAUCCAGAUCUGGUUCCAGAAUCGCCGGGCAAAGCUGAAGAGAUCCCACAGAGAAUCUCAGUUUCUAAUGGUGAAAAACAAUUUAUCUCAAAACAUGAUAAAAUAAUAGAAUCACCCACCCAAUACACUAGUGUAUUGCUGAAGCGUGAUGUGAAGCGUUCAUAAACUGCAAACUCUUAUCGAGGAAUUAUAACGUUACCAGUUUGCUUGGAUGUUAGUCAACUAGUUCUGCAAGAGAAGAAUGAUUUUGCGAAGGAAAAUAAAUAGUGAUCAAAGAUGGGGAACUUGCGGCUCUCCAGAUGUUAUGGGACCCCAACUCCCAUCAGCCUCAGCUAGCGUGGCUAGUGAUCAGGCAUGAUGGGUCUUAGAGCCCAACAACAUCUGGAGGGCCACAGGUUCUCUAUCCCUGCUGUAAAUACUAUUGUAGCAUUAUUCCUAUUACUAAAGGGAGGGGGACAUUUUCUCUAACGGCUUAAUAGCUUAUUUUCAGGGAAAGGGGGGGGAGCUAUUUUUGCAGAUAACUAACCAAAGGAGGUAGUGAUGCAUCAUUGUAAAUUGUGAGGACUAAACAUACAACGGGGUGGAGAAGCUGUGACUUUCCAGAUAUUGUUGGACUCCAACUCCCAUCAUCCCCAGCCAGCAUGACCGAUGGUCAGGCAUAAUGGGACAUUGAGGCCAACAUCUGGAGGGCUACAAACAUCAAGAAGGCUUUGCAUACAAUUCUGUAGCUCAGUUUUCCCUACAGCUGUGUCUCUGGCCCUCAGGAAGCUGUGUAUGUAUGGGGCCUGCACUAUAAAAUCCAAAGGAUCCACAUGAGAAGCUAAUUACAGACAGCUGCAGGGAAUCCUGUUCUGGCAGAAGCAUUUCUCUCUGUAAGAUUUGAAUCUUUUCUGCUAUGUUUCCUACUAUGAUCCAGAGAUGUGCAAAUGUUUAUUGGGCGAUGGUGGCUAUUGACUUAAAAAAGGCUUUUUGCCGGGAUCUUAUGCAGCGGCAUCCCACUUUGUGUCUAUGUGUCUCUGCUUUGUGGGAACUUCAUGAAAAGAAGAAAAUGACAUUCACAUAUGAAACCAACAUAUAUCAUAUUAUGGGAAUCUUUGCAAGAUCAAUCCCUGGGGAGGGAGAGUGAGCAUUUUGUACCUUCCCACUUUCCUCAGGAAACAGGUUGCUCCUGCGAUGAUCCCUUUGUUGGUUUUUUGGAACCAUUUCAGCUCAGUGUGUAUAUACGCCAAGAUUUGCCAGUCUGCAAUAACUACAACCCAGCUGACCUUUCAGAGGGUGCAAAGGCAGUACACGUCCCGUCAUUCUCAGAAUGAACACAACUUGGGCUAUAUCAUAAAUACCUGCUUCCCUCCCCACAUCUUUUAGAAACCAUGUUGUUUGUAUUUUAUACUGUAGCAGAUGCAUUGCCUGUUAGUUUCCAGAGGAGUUUAAAGUGCUGAUAUUGACCUUUAAACAGUUCAGGACAAAGUUAUUUGAAGGACUCUGUCCACCUGUACCCAAAGGAAGUUGCCUGGCCCUUAAGAUUAGAAUGUAAGAUUAAAGAAUAUUAAAGAACAUGAAAAGAAAGAAAUAACAGAUAAGAUAGGAAUAGAAGCCCACAAAAAAGUAAAGUAUUUAGGUAUAUGGUUAACAGCAAAAAAUAUUAACAUAUAUAAGGAUAAUUAUGUAAAAGUUUGGCUAGAAGUUAAAAGAAAUCUUGAAAUAUGGAACAGGACGAAUCUAUCCCUUUUAGGAAGGAUCGCAGCAAUAAAAAUGAUGUGCUUCCAAGAAUGUUAUUUCUUUUUCAGACAAUACCAAUAAUAGCAGGCACUGCAUGCUUCAAAGAAUGGCAAAAGGAAAUUUCAAGAUUUCUCUGGAAUGGGGAAAAUCCGAGGAUAAAAAAUAAGAUGCUUACAGAUGUGAAAGAGAGAGGUGGUUUCUCACUUCCAGACUUAAAAUUGUAUUACGAAGCUGCAACCCUAAUAUGGAUCUGAGAUUGGAUUAAACUUGACAGAGAAGAGAUAACAGACUUGGAAGAACAUGACAAUAGGUUUGGAUGGCAUAUCUGUCUAUGGUAUGGAAAAACAAAAAUCCAUAAAAGAUUCCACAGUCAUAAUAAGAAAAGCAUUGUUCAAAGUAUGGGACAAAUAUAAUGAACUAUUAGAACCCAAAACACCUUGGUGGUCACUAAAAACAUUGGGGGGAAAGGGAGUCUGGCCGACAUAUAGAGAAUUGUUAGUAGAACAGGAAGGGAAACUAGAAUUGAAAGAAUAUGAGGAAAUAAAGGAACAUCUUCAAAGCUGGUUGCAUCAUAGGCAGCUAAAAUAUAUUUUUCAAGAGGACAGUAAGAAAGGCUUUUUAUACAGGGUUUCUAAAUUCCAAAAGGAAGUAAUAGAAGAGAACUCAAAAUUAUAAAAGAAAAUGCAUAACAUCCUUUUGGAAUGGGAAACGAAAGAUGAGGAAGUGAAAUCAGUAAUGAUCAAAUGGGUGCAAGACAUAGGCCACAAUAUACAAUUUGAAGAUUGGAUAAAACUUUGGAAAGUAAAUCUGAAAUUUACAGACUGUAUAUUGUUAAAGGAAAAUUACAUGAAGAUGAUGUAUAGAUGGUAUAUCUCACUGGUGAAAUUGGCCAAAAUAUAUAAAUAUGAACAGAGGGAAUGUUGGAGGCGCAAAGAGGUUGAAGGGACUUUUUAUCAUAUGUGGUGGGAUUGUAAAAGUGUUAAGGUAUAUUGGGAAAUGAUCUACAACGAAUUUAAAAAAAUGUUUAAAAUAACAUUUGUUGAACAACUAGAAGCCUUCCUGUUGAGUAUAUUCGGACAAGACCUGCCAAAAGAUAAAAGGACAUUAUUUAUAUAUGCGACGGCAGCAAGAAUACUACUAGCACAGAACUGGAAGACUGGAGAAAUUCCAACAAAAGAGCAAUGGCAAGAAAAACUGAUGAACUAUGCUGAAUUGGUUAAGCUGACACACAGACUUUGGGGAAAGGACAAUAGCGGUUUAGAAAAAGUGGGAACCUUUUAUAUUAUAUUUGCAGAUACAAAGAAAGAAUAUAGAUCUUAUAGGAUUUAGAUAAUGUAAUAAAAGGAAAAAUAUGAUAUUUGUAGAAAAUAGCAGAAUAUACUAAUGAGGUUAAUAAAUCAGAAAUAGAAGUUGAGGGAAGUCCAAAAGGUGGGAGGGAGAGAUGUUUAUGUAAGCUGUGUGUUAUAAGUAUAUUUGUAACUAAAGAAAAGGAAAUUAAUAAUUAAAAAAAAAAAAGAUUAGGAAAGCUUUGUUCACAUGGCCACUGUCAAUAAGAUCUCUUAGACUGGCAAACACUAGGGGCAUGGGCUUUUCAGUGGUAGCUCCAUAUUUGUGGAAUUCACUCCUGAGGGAAUUGAUGUCUGGCCCUGUUUGUGUUAGCUUUAAAACCUUCUUUAUUUCAAUUUGCUUUUAAUAAGGUGAGGGUCUGAGUACCUAACAGUUAAAUUGUUGUUGUGUUGUUGUUUAAAAAUCUGUUUUAUCUGGAUUGCUGUACUGGGUUAUAUUGUAUUCUAGAACUGCUGUUUUUAGUUUUUGAAAUUGUAAUGAGAUGUUUUAGUUGUAUUUUAUGGUUUAAAAUGUUUAAGUGGAACACCUUGGGAGGCCUUUACCCUGAAGGUGACGUAUAACUUUGGAAAAUAAAUAAAUAAUGCCCAA